UCUAUUUCCCCACGAGUAAUAUCAUAUAGCACCAAAUGUCCACGGAACUAUUGCCUCGUUCCAUUUGCCCCCGAAUCCAAAGUUCGAAUCCUAUUUCCACACCAACUAAAACGAAAAAUUUAUAUGUCCCAGAUUAUAAAUUUCGAAUCUUAAUUCUCCAUAAGUCUGGUUAGACAUUGGGUUACUGUUCGUAGGUUAAUUAGUUAACCAUAAUAAGCCAGAUUAAACCAAUGUCUGGUCGGAUUACUUUAAUAAACCGAAAUUAGAUCCGAUUAAGACCCGAUUACUUUAAUAAACCCGACCAAAUCCUGGGUUGAAAGUCCAAACGCCGUAAGAACCGCCAAGUCCCUUUCUUUAUCAAAUCCUAACCCUAAAUCAGAGAGAACAGAGAAAAAGAAGAGACGAAGAGAGAGUGUUGAAGUUGAAGUUUUUCCAUGGCGAAUGAAGUGAACGCGAAUGAAGUGAACGCUGCGAAUGAAGUAAACGGUGAGGACUUUGAUGAAGAAACAGUUGAGAGAGAAGAAAACGAGAUUGAACAGGUGGUUGAAGAAUUCAUCGAUGAGCCUCCUGUACGCCACGACGAGUGUCCCUCGAGUGAGGAUGAGGGAGAUGAACCUCGUAAGAAGGCGAAGAAGGUGGUCCCUGUGAAACGUGGUGCUGGAAAUCUGUACAAGGGGCAACAUUUCUUGAAUGGUGUGGCUUUCAAGGACUCUGUGCUCGAUUAUGCUCUGAGAACAGGCCGAAAUAUCAAGCAGUACAGGUAUGAUAAGGAUAAGAUUGGGUUCAUCUGUGUUGGUGCUGAAGCAUGUGAAUGGAAAGUGUAUGCGUCCACUCUUCCUAAAGAUAAUGUCUGGAAAAUUAGAAUCUUCACAGAGGAGCAUUCAUGUAUUCAAAAUGGUGAUUGUGAGAUGUUAAAAGUUCCUCAAAUUGCAAGGCUUUUUGUUGAUAAGAUUAGAGAGGAACCAGAAUACUACAUGCCCAUGAAGAUUGAAGAAUUGGUUCAAGAAAAAUGGGGGUUUACGGUAUCUAGGCCUCAGUGUCAGGCUGCAAGAAACAAGGCACUAAGGUGGAUUGAGUUCGAGAAUGAUCACAUGUUUGCCCGGCUAAGAGAUUAUGCUGCUGAGUUGCUCGAAUCAAACCCGGGUUCGAUUGUGGAGAUUGAGACUCUGACUAACACGACUGGUGAGAAAGAGAUCGAGGAGUUCAACAGGAUAUUUAUUUGCUUUGAUAACAUCAGAAAGACAUGGAAAGAGUCGUGUAGGCAACUAAUAGGAGUCGAUGGAUGCUUCUUAAAGCACAAAGUCAAGGGGCAGCUUCUUGUUGCAUUAGGAAGGGAUGCGGAUAAUGCUAUAUAUCCAAUAGCAUGGGGGGCUGUUCAAGUGGAAAACACAGAAAACUGGUUAUGGUUUGUGAGAAAGAUCAAAGAUGUCUUGGGAUUGAAUCAGGGGCUUGGUUACAUACUAGUGUCAGAUCGACAAAAGGGAUUGAUAAGUGCUGUUCAGACUGAGUUACCACAGAUUGAACAUAGAAUGUGUGUACGCCAUAUCUAUGGUAAUCUGAAGAAGAAUCAUGCUAGUAGAAAAGAGAUGAAGUCAUUGAUAUGGAACUUGGCAUGGAGCUACAACGAGACUGAGUUCCUUCAACGUUUAGAUAAGAUUUUCUGCUAUGAUGCUGGUGUGUACGAUGAUGUUCAAAAGAGUAAGCCUAGGACAUGGUGUAGAGCCUUCUACAAGCUGGUAACUACUGUGAAGAUGUAGAAAAUAAUUCUACAGAGUCUUUCAACAACACAAUAUCUAAGGCUAGGGAGUUUGCUUUUUUGCCAAUGCUAGAGGGCAUUCGUAGAUUGGCAAUGGCUCGUAUUGCAAAGAGAUCAGUCAUCGCUAAUGCCCACAAAGGUUUAUGUACACCAUAUGUUACAGACUUUCUUAAGGUUGAGCAUAAAAAAGCAUCUGCGUGCAAGGUUACUAGAAGUACAAAUGGGAUGUAUGAAGUAAAGUUGAGUUCAUGCACUUACCGUGUUAGCUUGGAGAGGAGGACUUGCACAUGCAUGAAGUUUGAAAUCUGUGGCAUCCCUUGUGAGCAUGCUUAUGGAGUGAUGCUGCAGAAGAAGUUAGCCCCUGAAAAUUAUGUGUGUCAGUGGUUUCACACAGCUACAUGGCGAAGAAACUACAGAGAUGGUCUUGUUCCUGUGAGAGGUGCUGACUUCUGGCCUAAAACGUCUGCUCCUGAUGUCCAUAUUCCUCCUGAACCGCCUCAACCUGCUCGAAAGAAGAUUACUAAAGCAGAUAAGAAAAGGAAGAGAGGAGUCAAUGAAUCACCAACAAAGAAAGCCCCAAAGAACAAGAAACGUACUAUGCAUUGUGGGACUUGUGGAGAACCUAAUCACAACUCAAGAUUCCACAAAAAGCAACAGGCUUCUCAAGGUCUUCCUCGAGUUCCUUCUCAAGUUGCUUCUCCAGCUGCAUCUCAGACUGCUUCUCAAGCUGCUUCACAUGAAGACAUGUGCUGAUGUUCUUUAGCUUUUGUUUUUUAGUACUAUUUUAUGUUUGAAUUAUCUCGGAAUGUGGUUGUUAUCCUUUUUUCUAGACUAUUGUCGGCUUUU